AUGUAUAUGUGUGUGUGUGUGUGUGUGUGCAUGGACAGUAUGUAUUCUUAUACAGUCCAUGUGAGUUCAUAUUUGUAUUGAUGUGUAUGAAGUAGAAGUGGUCAGAUGUAUUUUAUGGUAAAAAGCAGUUAUCAGUUCUCAGAAACAGUUAUGAUGAUGGCUGAUUAUGAUUAAUCCCACUUGACCUCUUGGUCUUUUGUUUUUUUUCCAUUUCGCGUGUUCUCUCAUUGCUCUGUUAUAUAAGUAAGGACUUCCGCUCUGCCUUCCAGGACAAUAGCGAGGGACUUUCUUGUACGCUGCCUCCGGGUGUGUGAUUGCACAUGUGAGCGUGUGUGUGGGAGGUGAGAGACGUGCCUGUAUGAGUUACUAGUGGCAGAACAGGUGUGUGUGUGUGUGUGUACAAAUUGAAGUUUCGUGUGGAUGUUAAUGGUUUGAGUGGUACAUGAUGGAAGCGCUUGCCGCAUGUGUGUUAGUGCGGAGUGUGUGUGUGUGUGUGUGUGUCCUCUCGAAAAAGGAAGUGGAGGUGCCGUAGCUCAGCAGAACAAGCAGAGUACAGCGUUGCCAUGGUGACAUGUAAUACAGGGUUCCCUGAAAUUCCAUUUUUUUUCCACAAAUGGAUCUGUUUCACAGUGUCCAUGGCAACCACUCACAACCAGCAGACGUCAGGGUUGUGAGGCCAGCGUAUUGAGCAGCGCACACCCACCCACCCCCCACACCCUCACACACAUUGCCAGAGCAUGCCUAUGAGUCCACCUGCCGACGGCAAACAUGAGGCUCCCGACAGGCCGCGGCAACAGCACGCCCCUACCAACGGAAACCACGGAGACGACAGCAUUCGUGGCUCUCCGGGGUCUAAGGGCGGCUCCAACGAUUCCAUGGAAGAUCUCCACGGAAGCGCCGUCAUUAUCCGCAUCGGAAUCCCUGACCUUCAGCAAACAAAGUGUCUGCGCUUGGACUUGGAGGCUCCGGUGUGGGUGUGUAAGCAGCGGGUUUUGGUUACUCUGACGCAGAGUUUGACAGACGUGCUGAACUAUGGCCUCUACCUCCCGGCCUUUAACGGCCGAGCCGGCAAGUUCCUGGAUGAAGAGAGACUGCUCAGGGAGUAUCCUCUCCCUACUGUCACACCUGUACCUUACCUAGAGUUUCGCUACAAGAGACGUGUUUACACUCAGAGCCAUGUGGAUGACAAGCAAUUAGCCAAACUUCACACUAAGGCCAAUCUGAAGAAGUUUAUGGAGUAUGUUCAGCAGAGGAGUGUGGAGAAAGUGUGCAGGAUCCUGGAGAAAGGGCUAGACCCCAACUUCCAUGAUGUAGAAACUGGAGAGUCGCCCCUUACCCUGGCAGCACAGUUGGACUCAAGUGCUGAUCUGAUUAAAGUUCUGAGGAGUGGAGGAGCUCACCUGGAUUUCAGAACCAGGGAUGGCAUCACCGCACUUCACAAAGCCGUGCAGACGCACAACCACAUAGCUCUAACUACCAUGUUGGAUCUAGGAGCAUCUCCGGACUAUAAAGAUAGCCGUGGGCUCACUCCUCUGUACCACAGCGCUAUGAUAGGGGGCGACCCGUACUGCUGUGAACUGCUGCUGUAUGAUCACGCUCAGCUCGGCUACAGCGAUGAAAAUGGCUGGCAGGAGAUCCACCAGGCUUGUCGACACGGAAAUGUGCAGCACCUCGAGCACCUGUUGUUCUACGGAGCUGAGAUGAGUGCGCAGAAUGCCUCAGGAAACACAGCGCUGCACCUGUGUGCUCUCUACAACCAGGACGGCUGUGCCCGAGUGUUGCUAUUUCGAGGAGCAAAUAAAGACAUCAAGAAUUACAACAACCAGACAGCAUUCCAGGUGGCCAUCAUCGCAGGGAACUUUGACCUGGCUGAGAUCAUCAAGAUCCAUAAAACCUCAGACGUAGAUUUCUCUGCUCAGUCUCUGGUGCCUUUCAGGGAGAGCCCCUCAUACUCGACUCGGCGCCGUGGGGUGUGUAUGUCACCGCGCCGCUCCCUGAUGCGUUCGGCCAGCGAUAACGCACUGGACGAGAGUCUGCCCGCACCCUCGCCAGCCCCUUCACUACACAGCCUGCCCCCGCUGGAGCCUGAUAACACCGUCCCGAGCCCACAUAGCCCACAGGGGGGACACACACGCAGCCUCAGGAGACACACCCGUGGCCAUCUCAGCCCUGGCAGUCCUGUACAGAGGGAUCCCAGUCCCCCUGCUGUAUCGCGAGGGCCAAAGCGGAGGCUCUACAGCGCGGUGCCUGGCCGUACCUUCAUCGCUGUCAGCUCACACACUCCGCAGGGUGAGGGUGAGAUCACACUCAACCGCGGGGAGAGGGUCAAAGUGCUGAGCAUAGGUGAAGGAGGAUUCUGGGAAGGCUCCGUUAAAGGACGAACCGGUUGGUUUCCUGCGCACUGCGUAGAGGAGGUUCAGCUGAGACAGUAUGACCCACGACUAGAAACAAGAGAAGAUCGCACCAAGAGGCUUUUUAGGCAUUACACUGUUGGCUCCUAUGAUAAUUUUACCUCCUACAGUGAUUAUGUAAUUGAAGAGAAAACUGCCACGCUGCAGAAGCGAGACAGUGAGGGAUUUGGCUUUGUUCUUCGAGGGGCAAAAGCUGAAACUCCAAUUGAAGAAUUCACUCCGACUCCUGCGUUUCCUGCGUUGCAAUAUCUGGAGUCAGUGGAUCUGGAUGGGGUGGCGUGGAGGGCAGGGCUACGAACUGGAGACUUCCUGAUCGAGGUGAACGGGGUCAGCGUGGUAAAAGUGGGCCAUCGGCAAGUGGUCUCUCUGAUUCGGCAAGGUGGGAGUCGUCUUCUUAUGAAAGUGGUGUCAGUGACACGGAAACCUGACACCGGAGAUGUUGUUCGCAAAAAGGGUGUGUAUCCAUAUACCACAAAACACCACAUAUACAGUCAUAAGAUCAUAAGAAUCCCACUCUGGAGUGUUACACUGUGUCUCUUUAUGUCGCUUUUUUGGUUUGAUGGCCUUUCAGCUCCUCCACCACCCAAGAGAGACCCCAGCACAAGCCUAACCCUGCGCUCCAAAAGCAUGACCGCAGAGCUAGAAGAGAUGGAGAAGUUGGAUGAGAUGCUGAGUUCUCCAAAAGAGCCCGUUGUGGUGAUGAGGCAACGGCCUUCAGACCCAGACUCCAGAGCAGCCACUGUGAAACAGAGACCAACCAGCCGACGCAUCACACAGGCUGAGAUUAGUUCUCUGUUGGAGAGGCAAGGGAUGCAAAUAGCUCCUGGAGUGUCUCUUGGGGUGGAUAAAAGUCACAUACAACUGCAUGGGAUGACCAGAACCAAAUCAUUUGGUGCACCAGAAGAUGAAAGAAUAUCUGCUUUAAUUGGGGAGCAUCGCUUUCCAAGAAGCUCCUCAAUGACUGACAGCUUCCGACAAGACAGUAUCCCACCCCCUCCACAAACUGCACCUCCUCCCCCUCCUACACCAUACUUCUUGGAAUCAGGUCCUCCCCCAUCUUUCUUGCCUCCUCCGCCCCCAACACGUGCAGCCAAUCAAACCCGUUCAAGCUUCCGGCCAGGUGCAGAACCCAAGCUUCACGGUCCUGUCACGACGGACCGCCAGAGAAAGGCUCGUUCUAUGAUUAUCCUUCAGGACACCGCCCACCUUCCAGUAGAGCCCGCCCCCAUUCCCAGGCCAGCAACACCUACCUCUGGGGCAGCUCCUCCUGAGCGUGGUCGUAGGCGUGGUCAGCCUGUGGAGAACCCAUAUGCCAACGUGGGCCGCUUGAGUGCAGUCUAUACCCCUACCAAGCCCCAGCGCAGGAAGAGUCCACUGGUCAAACAAGGCCAGGUUGAGGAGGGCACAGCUGCCCAGGCUGGUAGGGAUCCCUCUCCCUUAGGAGGAGCUCGGAUCCCACACGGCAGCCGAGCAGAGCAGUUCCAGCAGCAGGUGCUCUCUGAGAGGGCUAGGAUUACACCUCCAGGAGCUCGUCGCAGGACCAGUGUGUUCCUUUCUGUUGAGGGAAGUACCACCGAACCUCAAACCACCCCUUUACUAUCCCAGUCACAUUCAGUGGAUGAGCUGGCUGAGCUGCCACCUCCAGCACCCAUGCUUUCUCCUGGUCUGCCACCAGGGGGUUCCACAUUUAUACAUCCACUUACUGGGCGUCCUUUGGACCCCUCCUCUCCAUUAGCACUUGCUUUAGCUGCAAGAGAGCGUGCACUCAGUGGCCGUACUACACCCACUCCCACACCCACUCCCUCACCAUCACCCACUCAGGGCAGAGCAGUGGAGAGACCAGAGACAGAGGGAGGAGUCACACCACCUGCUGCUCUUGAGGCCUCACCUUCUGAUUCCUGGAGGGAAGAGCAUGUCAGCAUCACGACAGAAACUGCUAGUCAGGUAACAAAUGGCAGCCCUGUAUCUGGGCGAAGUUUGGAGGAGUCCAUGGUGCCACCAACUGUGCAGAUCGUCCAACCAGCAUUGAUUGACACAGAGCACAGCCAACCAGUAGUUCCACCUUCCAUGCCUUCACCUGCCCCAACCCUCUCAAACCUGGCAGGGCGGAGCAUGACCAUGAGUUCAGAGGAGGAAGCAGAGCCCUACACAGUCACCUUGCCCCCCGCGCUUCUCUCAUCUAGUGAUGAAGAAACCAGGGAGGAGCUCCGCAAGAUUGGCAUAGUCCCACCUCCUCAACCCUUUGCCAAUGGCCUUCUAAUAAAGGAAACGCCCAAAGUUACUAUCAACAUUUCUCCAGGGGCAUCUCCAAGGCCUUCUAUAGCAAAAAUCUCCGGCAAAGCAAGUGACUCCACGGCAGACUCAGGCGUUGAGGACCCCCACAUGGAGACCACUAGUACUGUUUCCACAGUCUCCAGCAUGUCCACUUUGUCAUCAGAGAGCACAGACUCUGCCCACGCCAGCAAGCCACGUUGCGGGGUGGGCCGCGGCCGCCCCGCCCAUCUCAGGGACCCACUGCUUAAACAGUCAUCAGACAGUGAGCUGCUUCCACACCCAGCCAGCACAGGCCCCGUCCGCCCACGCUACCUGUUCCAAAGACGCUCUAAACUCUGGGGAGAGGAGCCCAGGGCUCAAGUGGGCAUAGGUGAUGAUAGCAGGCCUGCUGCAAUGGGGGCAGAGUUGCUAAGUAAAGAUACACAUUCUCUAGGGGAGGAACCACCAAUGGGAGCACUUGACCCUGGCAGAAGGUCACCAGUAGGUGGCGCCAGAUGUGAGGAGAAUGGAGAAGAGAGUAAAUCACUCUUCAGCAGCCUUGGUGAGCUCCACACCAUCUCACAAAGGAACUAUGGCACCACUUUCACCAUCCGCCCAGGCAGCCGCUACCCAGUAACCCGCAGGACACCCAGCCCGGGGGCCACUCCAGAGCGAAGUGAGCCUCUAGGGCCAAUGCGUGCAUUUGGUCCCCACCAUCACCACCAUCACCACCAUACCAUCCUCAAGUCCUCCAGCCUGAGCCUCCCCCAGGAGCCCAAGGAGGUGCGCUUUGUCAUGCGGAGUGCCAGUGCUCGUGCCCGCAGCCGCUCCCCUUCCCCUUCACCCUGUGCCUCCCCCUGCCCCUCACCGGUCCUGGGCACUCCACUUCUGGCCCUGCGGCCCUUCAGACAGCGCCCUCUUGCACUGUGGAGCAAGUAUGAUGUAGGCGAGUGGUUAGAGAGUGUUGGACUAGGGGAGCAUCGUACCCGCUUCAUAGAGCAUGAAAUUGAAGGUGCGCAUCUACCUGCGCUCACCAAGGACGACUUAGCUGAAUUGGGGGUGACACGGGUGGGGCACCGGAUGAACAUUGAGCGUGCACUCAAACAGCUGUUGGAGAGCUCAGGAGCUUAAUAAAUUCUAGAGAAUAGAGUUAAAUAAAGCCCUUGCCAAAUUGUACCACAAUUACUUGCAGGCCAAUAGCCAAACUGGCUAAAUGAUUCCUCAGCCUCGCACAGGCCCUCCCUCAUGACUAAUCCACUUGAUUAAACACAUCCAAGCACAAUCCCAAAGCGUAAGACCUUUACGCAAUUUAGUCACAAUUGGUGUAUAGUCUGUAGACCUGUUGUGCUGUGUUUGAAAAUGAUUUGAUUGAUGGGCCACAUGCCCAAGACGGGAUCCAUCUAGUCAGUGGGCUGGACUGGCAUGGCUGCUUUAUUGCAAAGAGAAGAAGUAAGGCUCUCAGUAAUUCACUGUUGGAAGCAAAAAAAAAAAAACAAAAAAAAAAAACAACACUUAUACCUUUUAAAGCCAAUGCUUCCAAGUGCCCAGGGUUUACAAUUCAUGAUAUUUAUUCAGUCUUUUAGUCCAAAAUGCCUUGCAGGAAACUUAGAAUUUCAUACAACAAUAUACUGGAUGGGGCUUGUAAGUGUACAAGUGACAAUCUCCCCUUAAAGGUGCACUAUGUGGAUACAAAUUCUAAGCAAACUUUUGCUUUUUCAAAUAGGCCAUAAUUAAUAAUAUGAGCUAAUCUUUGUGUGGAUGUUUGAAUUGUUUCCACUAUUACUUAUCAUUUAAUCUGUCUGUGAUUUUUGUAAUACUAUACUCAUGUAUUUGUAGCAUCAAUGAAUUCAUUUGAUAAGGAAAUAAAGGAAUAAAGGCACAGAAUAGCAAAAUGUUCAUGAAGAUGUUGAAGCUAAAAAUGUCAGUGAUCAUCAAUUUUCAGUGAUUUAUGAUGAUGAUCAGUGUAACAAUCCAGCAUAAUGCACCUUUAACCCUGAAACAACAUUUCAUAAUACAAGUGUGGCCUUGAGAUAGUACUGCCGCCAUCUAAAUUUGAUAAAGAAGAGUAUUUUCAGGAAUACAGUCAGUUUUAUAUGUAUAUGAUAUAUAUGGGCAUACAUAUUCAAACAAAAGAAUGUAUGAGUGUUAAAUGAAAUAUGAGUCUUA